UAAUUACUCCGUAUACCAAAGAGUGACGAGACGCGACUCUCCUAAAACAAAUACAAGCGUCCAAGUUACCAAUGUCCCAGUUGUUCAGCUACCUACCAGGCAGAUUCCCCACCAGGAAACCUUGGAAGGACCUUGCUAACUAACAACUUACUAGAGUAACUUUAGCAUCUAUCCAAGCUCCAAUCCAAAAUCCAACAAUCACGUGCAACCAACAAAUCGAUGACGUAGCAAUUGUUGCUCACUUGGAGAUCCCAAGGUCAUAGGCAAAUGUAGCAAUGCAUUUCACAAGGAUGGACGAAUCAUAUAACGAGAUUGACCCAGCUUGUAACAGGACCCCUCAUCACUCUCCGCAAACAUCUGUCGCCUUCGGCUUUCGCUCCCUCCAUUGACUUCUUCUCUUUAAAAACAACUCUGAAUCUUGACCUCAAUUGUCGAGCGACUGUUCCAUUAUCAUAUCAACACUAAUAUAACCUCCUCCUCCAACCACCAACAACCACAUCAACAAUGGCCCAGCCAAAGUCCCGCGUCCCUCUCGCUGUCGGCCUUACCGCCGCAGCAGGUGUCGGUUACUACCUUUACCAGUCCGGUGGUAAUGCGAAAGUAGCAGAGAAGAAGUUUGAGGCGGAUCUCUCAUCUGCCUCCGCGCGCGUGAAGGGCGAGCUCCCCGGCCGUGGCAAGGAAGCCGAGAAGACAGCCGCUGCAUGGGCCACCGAGAAGGGCCAGCAGAUCGACGACGCCGCUGAGAAGGCGCGCAAGGAGCUUAACAAGACUGGGGAGUCGUUGGAUUCCUACCGCAAAGAGGUGGGCAAGGAGGCCAUGGCCAAGGUCGACAAGUUCGAUGCCACAAUCGAGAAGGAGGCUGCGAAGGCGAAGAGCGGUAUCUCUGGCUGGUUUGGGGGAAGCAGCAAGUAAUCUCGUCGCUUGGGAAUAGGAGUAACCUUUUAAGGACUGUAUAUGAUUUGGUAUAUAUCCGCAAUCACAUUUAAAACCU